AUGGCUUUGUCAGACUCUAUCUCUCCACGUGGUACACAAAGUGAAUUUAAUUUCGACGAUGGAUUUUUAAGAGGGGAUUUUCCAGUAGAAGAUGAAUAUAUCUACGACGAUUAUGACUCGGAACCGCUUCUCAACUCUCACACAGAUUUUGAACUUUCACGACAAUUUCGAGGGAGAAGAUACUCGCGUCUUAAUCCCGACGAAGAGGAGACAAACACAAUUAUUCCAAUCAAAUGGAGAUCGAGGCGUUGUGUAAUGAGAACACUCAUCAUUUUUGUUCUAUGUGGACUAGGAACUGUGUGCGGUUAUUUCAUAUCGACACAAAAUAUUCGUGAAUGUAAAGCAACAGUCUCGUCCCGUGAAGACUUAGACAGUCUCCACGGGCCAUUUAUCAAUAGAAUAUCGAGUAGAAACAUAAAAGAGUCUUUAAGAUAUUUUUCCAAAGCGCCUCAUCCAAGUGGGUCCAAAGUCAGCUAUGAGCAAGCGAAAUUCAUCAAAGAGAAAUGGGAACAGUAUGGACUGGACAAAGUCGAACUGAAAAAGUACGAUGUACUGCUUUCCUAUCCGGACAGACCCGGCAUAGCGUCGAUAAAAUCCGCCAACGGCUCAACUGUCUUUACUGCUCAGAGAGAGGAGAAAGUACUCGAGCGUUCUGAGGAUUCUCCAGAUGUACUUACACCUUUUAAUGCUUACUCCAGUAGUGGAAAUGUCACGGCACGUUUGGUUUACGUCAACUAUGCAAUGGUGGAGGAUUUUCAGGAACUCCGCGAAAUGAACAUCAGCGUUAAGGGUCAGAUUGUGAUUGCGAAGUACGGAAAAAUUUACAGAGGAGACAAAGCGAGAAUCGCAGCAGAAGCAGGCGCCAUUGGACUGAUCUUGUACACAGACCCAUCUGACGUCAGUCUUGAGGGAGCUGGCAACACUUUCCCAAACAGUUGGUGGCUUCCUCCUUCGGGAAUACAAAGAGGAACUCUACUUAAUUUCGAACAGGGAGAUCCUCUCACCCCAGGAUAUCCUGCAAGAGACGGAAUCUACAGAAUUUCAGAAAACAAAGCUGCUCUCCCCAGUAUUCCAGUUUACCCCAUCUCGUACGAGGACGCUGCGCAUUUUUUAAAACUACUGACUGGAAAUGAAGCCCCUGAGGACUGGCAGGGAGAAUUACAAAUCAAGUACAACAUUACUAUGGCAACUCAAGACAAAAGGAAAGUCAACUUAGACAUAAAAAUGAAGCUGGAGAAAACGGCCGUGUAUAACGUUAUCGGCAAUAUAAAUGGACAAGAAGAACCAGAUCGAUUGGUGUUACUUGGCAACCACAGAGACUCCUGGAUCUUUGGUGCUGCAGAUGCGUCCAGCGGUACAGCGGCUUUGAUGGAACUUUCCAUGCGACUAGGAGAAAUGCGAAAAAAAGGGUGGAAACCACGAAGGACCAUAGUGCUUUGUAGUUGGGGAGCAGAGGAGCAUGGGAUGCUUGGUUCAACUGAAUGGGCUGAGGAUUUUGCCAAUCUUCUUUCCAAUCGAGCUGUUGCUUAUCUCAAUGUUGACGUUGCUGUGAAAGGGAAUUACAGUUUAAUGGUUCAGUCCAGUCCCCUCUUAGAAUUUGCUUUUAUGGAGGCAACUAAAAAGAUCAAACCUCCUGGUGUAAGAGAAUCCACUGAAAUGUUAUUUGACGACUGGAAGAAGAAAGUCCCGAAUAAAGACAAUCCAAAGCUGCCAACUGUUUCAAAGGUUGGUUCUGGAAGUGACCACCAGACCGUGUACUUUCGGCUGGGGGUGCCAUCAAUUUACUUUGAGUUCACUUAUGACAAGGUUAAGUGGCCUGUUUCUAACUAUCCAGUUUACCACAGUGUACAUGACACAUUUUACUGGAUGAAGACCUUUGUUGAUCGUGAUUUUGAAUAUCACAAGACAUUGACUCAGUUGUGGCUUCAGAUUGCUUUGACUUUGACUGAUCAGCCAUUGCUGCCCUUCAACUGCUCACAAUAUGCUAGCAGAUUAACUUACUAUGCCAAAGACGUCCAAACUAAGUACGAGAAAAUUCUCAAUCAGCACAAUAUAGUCCUUGAUAAUCUUAUGUCUAGUGUUACUAACUUCAGUGACGCAACCUCCGAAUUCGAAGAAUGGUUGAAUUCUGUUGACCAAAAGGAUUCCUUGAAACUUCGAAUAGCCAAUGAUCGCCUGAUGCAGCUCGAGAGAGCCUUUAUCAACCCUCAAGGACUGCCGGGAAGGCCUUACAUGCGUCACGUGGUGUUCGCUCCCAGUGCCCACAACGCUUACGCUGGCAGCAGCUUCCCUGGAUUGGUGGAUGCCUUGUACUCCGUGCAGCAGCUUAACAGCAAAGACUGGGAACUAGUGGAGAAGGAGUUGUCUGUUGCAGUAUUUUAUAUCCAAUCUGCCACUAAUGUCAUGACUCUGAAAUCUAUUUAA